GGAGGAGAAAGCAUUAGUCUUCUCAGAGCUAGAAUCUGUAAAUCACCAAAGCAGAUCGAAAACGUCAAAUGAUAUGCCUGUGCAAAAAGUUAAUUGGAUUUUAUCGCUCCAGAUUGAAUUGUGAAUACAAACACAGAAUUUGUCCAAUGCAUGAAAGCGCCGACAAUUUUGAAGAAAAGAUUGGGGCCGAUUCUCCAAACGCACGCACAAUGAAACGCAUUUCCCCAUGACGUACUAAAGGACACCACCAUCAACAAUCAUUAGUUCGACUAUUUAAGGAAGACAUUAUCAAUGACAUACAUACAAUUGAAUCAUUGCAUAAUAAAGUGAAAUAUAUGAAUUUUCUUUGACUAUUUAUUAAGGCCUAAAUGCAUAUCAAAAGGAUUUUACUUUAAAGUCAUCUGAUUAAAUAUGCAGCGGUAUAAGACAUAGUGUGGCGAUAGAUGUCUCUGAUGGUGGGUGUAUGGAAUGGAUGGCAUGUGCCCCAAUAUUUUCUACAUUAUCUGGGGACUGAUCCUUGCACUGAACGAAACAACAGGAAUGCCUGUACUCACACCAUGCUCAGAUCUCAAACCUCUCUACUUGCUCAACCGUGUGGCACCAGAUCGUCACCACCUACCAAGAGGGAUGGAAAUUGCUUAUGACGAUGAAUACCUUCUUCACGCUUAUAGGUUUACUUCUUCGACUCAAUCGAUUCAUUUUCCUGCCAAUGAAAUAUUUACAAAAUGUGAUUUCUUCCCAGAGGAAUUUUCCAUACUUGCAACUGUUAAAAUACCUAAAACAAGUAACAAUCGCCGUGACGAGUGUAUUUUCUCAUUAGUACCAACACUAUCAAACAACAUUAAAUUGGGGUUGAGACUUACAAAGGAUAAAAUAGUCUUAGAUUAUUCCGAUCAUAAAACUAGUCUAGAUGAAAAGAAAACAGUGGCAUACAAAAACAAGAAAUUAUUUGACGGAGGGUGGCACACAAUUAUCAUCACAGUGUCAGGCAACACUGUCACCUUGACAACCGACUGCCAGAAGACCCGCACCAAACGCAUCGAUAGGAUAUUUCCAGCACUUCUCAGCACAAAGGAUUCUGAAUUCCACGUUGCAAAUUGUCAUGGAGCAAAACACUUUUCAGGUCUCAUUAAACAGCUACUCAUCUUGCCUGGUUCAGAUGCCUCCAAACGCGCAUGUCCAUCUAAGACGCCAUCUAUACCAGACUUUAAGCCUCCAUAUGAUGGAUCACCAGGGGAAGAUAACAACAUACCAGGGUCAUUAACAACGCCAGUCGCUCAAUGUACAUGGCGAACAACUGGAAAACUCUGGUACGACGUUCAUUCAAAAACACUCAGGGUUUGUUAUAGUGGCAUCUGGCAGCCUAUUCUUCAACCUCCAGAACAGAAGCCCAAACAGUUGGACUAUAUAGAAUGGUACCAGGAUCUUAUCACACCGGCUCCAGCCAUUGACCUAGAUGUCUUCCGAAUUCCUGGGGAAGGACUCUUCAUGACAAUGGCGAAUUACAACGACAGCAGGAAAACUAAUCAGGCGUCCGUAGUGUAUAAGUGGACUAAGGGCACAUUCAGAAUGUACCAGCUCCUCACAACACAUGGGGCUCAGAGUUGGGAACACUUUAGGAUUGGCAAAAUGUUCUUUAUCGCAGUAGCAAACUACGGCAGCUCUAGAAACGAACAGACCUCUUCAGUUAUAUAUAGAUGGCACUCAAAAACUAAACGGUUCAGAAUACACCAGGAAAUACUCACGUGGACAGCACGCGACAUUGAACAUUUUAAGAUAGAUAAAGAGCAUUACAUUGCAGUUGCUAAUCAUGCAAAAGGCCAAGAAAACAAGAUUAAUUCAAUCAUAUAUAAAUGGGAUAAAAAGAUGCGUAAAUUCAGGAGUAUUCAGGAGAUACCAACAGUUGCUGCAUAUGAUUGGACCCAUUUCGUUCUUGAUGGAUACCACUUCCUCGUAGUCGCCAACGCAUUUAAUGGUGUCACUACCAGGAUUGAUUCAACCCUAUAUGUAUGGCAAAGUGGUCAGUUCGUUCAGUUCCAGACAUUUGAGACUACAGGAGCAACUGACUGGGAACAUUUUCGUAUAGGAUACGACCACUACCUCGCUGUUGCAAAUGCAUUUAAUUAUGGGCCUCAGAACUUUGAAAAUAGGGACACUUAUACGUGCAAUUCUACUAUUUAUAAACUAAACAGAGUGAAGAAACAGUUUGAAAGAUACCAGACAAUUCUCACACACAGUGCAAUAGAUUGGGAGUCAUUCAGGAUUGGUGACGACCACUACCUAGCGUUAUCAAACGCCCAAAACGAGCCAGAAAAUUCCCCUUCCGAGAAGACCAGCGUCAUCUAUCGGUGGAGAGGUGUAGAGAAAUUUGUAGAAGAGCGGAAGUUAUACACGUUCCCGUCCACAGAUUGGGAAACCUUCAGAACUGGUGGAAUUACUUAUCUAGUCUACGCAAAUGCUAAGGAGAAUAUAUCUCAGUUAUAUAAGGCUAGGUUGAUAUAAAUUAAACGCAAUUAGGGGAAUUAUAAGGCCGUUAAUAUCUAUGAGGAGUAGGUCAUUAGUGAUCCCCUUCCUCUUAUAUUAAGACGAUACUAUAUCUGAUAUAGGAAUAUAAGCGUGGGUAACUUACUCCCCGUGUUAGUAUCAGGUACCUAUAGUCUUCCAAACACUGAAGAAAUCAUACUCGUAUAUUUUAUGUUAUACACUUGUAAUAAAAUUGCUUGGAGAGACGUACUCUUCAUUAAUAGAGCUAAGAUGAGCCUGUUUUCUUAACCUUGUAAUGUUAUUCUCGGUCUUCCUUAAAAUCACAGAAUGUCCAAAGAAUACGUAAUACUCUCAGCAAUACUUCAGGUUUUUAUGUCACUACCAGAAGUGGUGACAUAUUGUU